UGAAAUCAAAAUCUGGGGCACAAAAUAAAGUUUUACAGAGACCAUAUAAACCCCAAAUGGCUGCGACCUCCGCCACAACCACGACCACAGCCACCGCCAGUCGCACCUCUCUCUUCAAGCCAUUCAAAUUCGUGCCUUCUCAAUUGCCCAUCAAGUUCAACAGAAUUUCCAAAUCUGCGAUUUCUUGCACGCUCACCCGGGAUUUGGCUGUGGCUAUGGAGCAGAAGACGCAGAUUGAUGCCGCCUCGUGGCAGCGACCCGAUGCGUUUGGGCGUUUUGGGAAGUUUGGUGGCAAGUAUGUCCCUGAAACCCUAAUGUAUGCUCUCUCUGAGCUCGAAGACGCCUUCCAUAAGCUCGCCGACGACUCCGAGUUUCAGAAUGAAUUAGCUGGGAUUCUGAAGGACUAUGUUGGAAGGGAAAGCCCUCUCUAUUUUGCUGAGCGUCUUACUGAACGUUAUAGACGCCCUAAUGGUGAAGGACCACAUAUAUAUCUCAAGAGGGAAGAUCUCAACCACACUGGGGCUCACAAAAUCAACAAUGCUGUUGCACAAGCUUUGCUUGCGAAAAAACUUGGUAAGACUCGCAUAAUUGCUGAAACUGGAGCUGGUCAACAUGGAGUUGCAACGGCCACUGUUUGUGCAAGGUUUGGUUUGCCAUGUAUUAUAUACAUGGGUGCUCAAGAUAUGGAAAGGCAGGCACUUAAUGUUUUCAGGAUGAGACUUCUUGGAGCAGAGGUUAGAGGAGUCCAUUCUGGGACAGCCACACUGAAGGACGCAACAUCAGAAGCUAUCCGGGACUGGGUAACUAAUGUUGAAACGACCCAUUACAUUUUAGGAUCUGUUGCUGGGCCUCAUCCAUACCCCAUGAUGGUUAGGGAGUUCCAUGCAGUGAUUGGUCAAGAAACAAGAAAGCAAGCAUUGGAAAAGUGGGGUGGGAAACCGGAUGUGCUGGUUGCCUGCGUUGGUGGGGGUUCAAAUGCCAUGGGACUCUUCCAUGAGUUUGUUAAUGACGAGGAUGUCAGACUGAUUGGUGUUGAAGCAGCAGGUUUUGGCUUAGAUAGUGGCAAGCAUGCUGCUACUUUGACCAAAGGCGAAGUAGGGGUGUUGCAUGGAGCCAUGAGCUACUUGCUACAGGAUGAUGAUGGGCAAAUAGUUGAGCCUCAUUCAAUUAGUGCAGGAUUGGAUUAUCCUGGAGUUGGACCCGAACACAGUUUCUUGAAAGAUGUCGGACGUGCUGAAUACUUUAGUGUAACAGAUGCUGAAGCAUUGGAAGCUUUCAAGCGAUUAUCUCGCCUUGAAGGCAUAAUCCCGGCUCUGGAGACAUCUCAUGCACUGGCGUAUUUGGAGAAGUUGUGUCCAACUCUCCAAGAUGGAACUAAGGUUGUGCUCAACUGCAGUGGCAGAGGAGAUAAGGAUGUCCAUACAGCCAUCAAGCAUUUGCAGGUCUAAUCUAAUGGUGGUCCUUCUGGUUCCAUUUGUUUUUGUAUUAGAUAUCAAUAAAUAGUUAAAUACAUAAAAACUGUCAGUCAUACUCAUAGUGUUUUCCUGAGGAUGCGAAAUCUUUUAUCCUUCUGUGAUGAUGUUCAAUCACAACAAUUAAAGCUGAGGCAGGAUUGGAUGAAUAUGCUCCCUUUUCUUGUGUGUUCUUGAGAGUUAUUAUGGAAAACAUUUUCUCCUUUUGAAA